AAGAAAGGGAUUGAAGUUGAUUUACGUUGGCACAAUGGCUACCGUCAGUCAGAUUUGGCCAUUUGAGAGAAGACGCUACCUAAAAGCCCAUGGGAUCACAACACUGUUCAUUUUGGAUCUAUGUUUGCGAUGUGUGAAUGGGUACCUGAGCUCCCCACACGUGGGCCAGGAGCCCCCUUACAGCCGAGAUGCUCAGCCAGUCAUCACCAGCCGGGUGGUUCCUUCUCCAUCUGCAUCUCCAACGGAUUCAGAUGGCUAUGCUGCCAACUGCCCCAGUGGGGGUCAAUGCAACAGACUGCCUGCUGACUGCUUCAACUGCAGCUAUCAUCACAACUGUAGCUAUGGCAAACCAGCGUCUUUCUCUUGCAAGGCCAAGAGAGGAGUCCACUGCACAGUGGAGUCGGGGAAGCAGCAGACCAACUUCUCCCUGUCCAUCACGUGCCAGUUCUGCUGGCAGCUGGACCUGUCUCAGUACAGGUGCUCCAACUCAACCAGCUGUAUGACCGUUGCCUGCCCUCGCAAACGCUACAACGCCACCUGCAAAGUGCUGGACCACGUACACUGCUUAGGUAAAAGAGUAUUUCAGAAACGUUUGUACUGCAACUGGACAGGAGGGUACAAGUGGUCUACAGCACUGGCACUCAGCAUUACACUAGGUGGAUUUGGGGCUGACCGGUUCUAUCUAGGCCAGUGGAGAGAGGGUCUGGGCAAGCUGUUCAGUUUCGGUGGCCUGGGCAUCUGGACCCUGAUUGAUGUGCUGCUGAUUGGAGCGGGCUAUGUGGGGCCAGCCGAUGGCUCCCUCUACAUCUGAGACCUGUGAUUGAUGCCCACUCCACAGGCAUGAUGGUUGUAGGGUUGAUACCCUCUCCAUUUCAGUUUAGACUGUCUGACUGUAAAUAUCCACUCCAUGGAGAUGCCAUCCCAUUAUCACACCAUCUGCGAUAUGGCUGAUAUGGACUGACUGGAGAAUGGGAGGUAGGGACAGUUAAGCAGUGCUUGGAAUUAUAUUGUAACAAUGGCCACCUAUGGUGCUCCAUGGUCAUGCAUAGGAGACCAGUAACCAUGGCUACAGAACACAAAAUGGACUUAUUAUUAUAAUACCGAUAACAGAAACAAAAAGUGCUUGGAAGAAAAGCAGUGUUUCUUCCCUGUAGGUUUUGUAAAAGCAUGUGGCACCUGCUAAGUGUGGUGGACGGUAAUGUGCAUCGGUGGAUAGCAGAUCAACCUUUCAGUGUUCUGUCUGCAAACCAACCAGCAAAAGAGUACUUGAACGGUUAUUUUCUUUGGAGUGUAACAUUGCAACAUGAAUGUCAGAUUGCUUGGUUGAAAAUGUGGUUGGGAUACAGAUUUGGGGAAAUUACAUGGUUAUUAUGGCUGGGGAAAUGACAUGGUUAUUAUGGCUGGGGAAAUGACAUGGUUAUUAUGGCUGGGCUUAUAUUGUGUAUUUAUAUUUAUUGCAUUGUUGAGGGGAGGACGGCUCAUAGUAAUGGCUGGAACGGCAUUAAACGCAUGGAAACCAUGUGUUUGAUACUAUUCCGCUCCAGCCAUUACCAUGAGCCCGUCCUCCCCAAUUAAGGUGCCACCAACCUUCUGUGAUUUGCACCAAUAUGCAUAUGUCAGAUUUCAGCGUUACAUGGUGUAACGGAUGUGAAACGGCUAGCUAGUCAGCGGUGGUGCGCGCUAAAUAGCGUUUCAAUCGGUGAUGUCAAUUGCUCUGAGACCUUGAAGUAGUGGUUCCCCUUGCUCUGCAAGGGCCGCGGCUUUUGUGGAGCGAGGGGUAACGAUGCUUCGUGGGUGACUGUUGUGUGCACAGGGUCCCUGGUUCGCGCCCAGGUAUGGGCGAGGGGACGGUCUAAAGUUCUACUGUUACAAUGGCAUUGCUCUGCAUGCCCAAAACACACAAUCUGUUCUCAUAAAGCUAUGCAGGCUUCAACUAGGUCAUUAACAGGUUCAGAAUGGUUUUAGUACUAGUUUUCAAAGAACUUGUACAACAGGUUUUUUUCUUCAUCGCUAAUCGCCCAGCCCGAAUGGUUACGAUAUGUAGCCUCCCAUAUCCAGAGCUUGAGUAUGUGUGCUGCACAAACUGGUGAAAAUGUGUUCAUGUUCUGGAGGUAGGAUUUGUUUUUUUGGAACACUGACAAUGUUUGAGAAUUGUAAAUAUUAAAUUUGUGAACUAUUAUUGAACUUGGUGCCUUAUUGUCUUCAGCCUGCUGUUUAGUAUUGUCUAGUAUUAUAAGCAUACUUGAAUAAACAAAAUCGUCUGGUGUUAUUUCCAUGAUGAUUGACCUAGA